UUAGAUCUGCUGGAGAAGUCCCGUGUCACCUACCAGUUGUCUGCUGAGAGGAGUUACCAUAUCUUCUAUCAGCUGAUGACUGGCCACAAGCCUGAGAUCGUGGAGGCUCUUCUGAUCACCACCAACCCCUAUGACUACCCAAUGAUCAGUAUGGGUCAAAUCACUGUCAAAAGCAUUGAUGAUGUAGAGGAGUUCAUUGCAACAGAUUACAACAGCUUGGAGCAACUCUGCAUCAACUUCACCAAUGAGAAACUGCAACAGUUCUUCAAUCACACCAUGUUUGUUCUGGAGCAAGAGGAGUACAAGAAAGAAGGCAUUGAGUGGGAGUUCAUUGACUUCGGUAUGGACUUGGCUUCCUGCAUCGAGCUUAUCGAGAAGCCACUGGGAAUCUUCUCCAUCCUUGAAGAGGAGUGCAUGUUCCCCAAGGCCUCUGACACAACUUUCAAGAACAAGCUGCAUGAUCAGCAUCUUGGCAAGACCAAGGCCUUUGAGAAGCCAAAGCCUGGAAAGGGAAAGGCUGAGGGCUCACUUCUCCCUGGUUCACUAUGCUGGUACAGUGGACUACAAUAUCACUGGCUGGCUGGACAAGAACAAGGACCCCCUGAAUGACUCAGUUAUUCAGCUCUACCAGAAAGCUUCAAACAAACUGCUGGCUUUCCUGUAUGCAUCCCAUGGAGCAGCCGAUGAAGCCGCUGCUGGGGGCAAGAAGGGUGGCAAGAAGAAGGGUGGUGCCUUCCAGACCGUGUCUGCUGUUUUCAGAGAGAACUUGGGCAAACUGAUGACCAACUUGAGGAGCACUCACCCUCAUUUUGUCCGUUGCCUGAUUCCUAAUGAAUCAAAGACACCUGUCUUAUGGAGAACUUCUUGGUCAUCCACCAGCUGAGAUGUAACGGUGUGCUGGAAGGCAUCAGAAUCUGCAGAAAGGGCUUCCCCAGCAGAAUCAUCUACGGUGACUUCAAGCAGAG